AUGACCCCCGCCCUCGUGGUCCUGCUCUGCCUGGGCUGUGCGGGCCCCAGGACCCGAGUGCAGGCAGGGACCCUCCCCAGACCCAGCCUCUGGGCUGAGCCAGGCUCUGUGAUCGCCCUGGGCAGGCCUGUGGCCCUGUGGUGUCAGGGGACCCUGGAGGCCCAGGAGUGCCGUCUGUAUAAAGAGGGAAUCCCAGAGCCCUGGGAUAGACAGAUUCCACUGGAGCCCGGAAACAAGGCCAAGUUCUCCAUCCCUCUCAUGGCUGUGGAGUACGCGGGGCGCUACCGCUGUGUCUGCCUCAGCGCUGCUGGCUGGUCAGAGCCCAGUGACGCCCUGGAGCUGCGGGUGUCAGGAGCCCACAGCAAGCCCAGCCUCUCAGCCCUGCCCAGUGCCGUGGUGACCGCAGGGGGCAGUGUGACCCUCCAGUGCCGCUCCCAGCUGGGAUUCCACAGGUUCAUUCUGACAGAGGAGGGGGCACCCUUGGCCGCCAGGACCCAGAGCUCAGAGCCACUCCCCGGCGCGCAGUCCCAGGCCCUGUUCCCUGUGGGCCCCGUGACUCCCGGCCGCAGGUGGGCGUUCCGAUGCUAUGGCUCCAACAGGGAGAAUCCUUCUGUGUGGUCGGAGCCCAGUGAUGCCCUGGAGCUCAUGGUGACAGGGCCUGACGGGGUCAAAGGGACUCGGGGUCUGCCCAGCGCCCUGGCCGGCAGCCCAGUCCGGGCUCCCACAGGGGCUGGAGCAGGAGGACCGGAGCCCAGCAGCCCCUCCCACCCCCAGCCAGGCUCCCCCGCUGCCCCAGCGCCCCAGGACCACUCCCUGGAGAACCUCAUCCGCCUGGGCGUGGCGGGCUUGGUCCUGCUGGGCCUCGGGCUGCUGCUGGCGGAGGCUUGCCGGGCUCUGGGCCUGUGGCCCUCACAGCUGCUCUGCUCCACGGGGACCAUGGGCAGCGGGGCCCAGACCCCGGCCCUCACUGCCCUCCUCUGCCUGGGGACCCUCCCCAAGCCCUCCAUCUGGGCUGUCCCAGGCCCCCUGGUCGCUGUGGGGAGCCCUGUGACCCUCUGGUGCCAGGGGUCUCUGCAGGCUGAGGUCUAUCGUGUGCAUAAAGAGGGCAGCACUGAGCCCUGGGAAAGGCGGGCCCAGCAGGACUCCAGACACAAGGCUAGCUUCGCCAUCAUCCAGUCCAUGAGCUCCCACGACACAGGGCAGUACUGGUGUGUGUAUCAGACCCCGCUCGGCCUCUCCCAGCCCAGUGACCCCCUGACCCUGGUGGUGACAGGGAUGUUCCCGGCGCCCUCCCUGUCAGCCCAGCCAAGCCCUGUGGUGGCGUCAGGAGGGGACGUGUCCCUCUCCUGUGGCUCUGAUGAGGCAGGCACUGCCCAUCUGCUGAAGGAGGGCAGAGCCAGCCCCCAGCACAGCCUGGAAGCCAGGUUCUCCCAGGAGGCUGGGGAAUGGCAGGCCACCUUCCUCCUGGGCCCCAUGAGCAGCACCCAGGGGGGCAUCUACAGGUGCUACCGCGCUCAUCCUAUUGAGCCCCAAGCCUGGUCCGUGCCCAGCGACCCCCUGGAGCUCCAGGUCACAGGAAUGUACAGGAAACCCUCCCUGCAGGCCCAGCCGGGGCCCUCGGUGCCCUGGGGAGCGAUGGUGGCCCUGCGCUGUGGCUCCCAGGAGGCGAUGGACACCUUUCUCCUGCACAGGGAGGGCUCAGGCGCCCCUCCCCAGCGCCUGCGUGUCCCGGGCUCUGCCAAAGCUGUUCAGGCCACCUUCACACUGGGUCCUGUGACCUCGGCCCACGGGGGGACCUACAGGUGCUACUGCGCCCACAGCACCGACCCCUACCUGUGGUCACAGCCCAGCGACCCCCUGCAGCUCGAGGUGUCAGCCCCAGCGCCCCAGGACCACUCCCUGGAGAACCUCAUCCGCCUGGGCGUGGCGGGCUUGGUCCUGCUGGGCCUCGGGCUGCUGCUGGCGGAGGCUUGGUAUAGCCAGAGAAGGACCCGGGCUGCAGAGAAGUGCGGGCUCUCCGAGUUUCCGGAAGAGGGUGUGCGGGGCUUCCAGAAGAGCGCUCUGGAUUCCCCGGGUCUCCGGAAGAGGGGCCUGGGGUCUCCGGACGCGAGCCCUAGAUUCCCGGGUUUCCGGAAGAGCACGUUUGAACUCUGCAGGUCUCCGGAAGAGGGGCCUGGGGUCUCCAGACCCGCGCCCGAGGCUCCCGGGUUCCCGGAGAGCCCGUCUGGCAGUUCCGAUGCUCCCAGCACGAAAUACGUCUGUGAGGCUGUAUCCCUGGGGACAGGAGGUCAGCUGCGCCAAGAGGGCUUGGGGACAGCAGAGCGGUGCACUGGCUGGAGCGUGGACAAGACCCAGAGAACCAGGACCCGCAUCGUCCUCCACGAAGACAGCGACAAGCACGCGCGCAUCCCCUCAGCAGCUUCUGAGCGCCGCAUGUCGCUGCGCUCUUGCACAGUCCUGUCGCUGCUGGCUGGUCAGAGCCCAGUGACGCCCUGGGGCUGGGGUGACAGUGAGGAAGCCACAGCUGAGCAGGAGCUGGGAGGACCGGAGCCCAGCAGCCCCUCCCACCCCCAGCCAGGCUCCCCUGCUGACCCAGCUCCCCAGGACCACACCGUGGAGAACCUCAUCCGCCUGGGCGUGGCGGGCUUGGUCCUGCUGGGCCUCGGGCUUCUGCUGGCGGAGGCUUGCCGGGCUCUGGGCCUGUGCCCCUCACAGCUGCUCUGCUCCACAGGGACCAUGGGCGGCGGGGCCCAGACCCCAGCCCUCACUGCCCUCCUCUGCCUGGGGCUGUGCCGGGCGCCAGGGGAUGGGGCACAGGCUGGGACCCUCCCCAAGCCCUCCAUCUGGGCUGACCCAGGCCCCCUGGUCACCGUGGGGAGCCCUGUGACCCUCUGGUGCCAGGGGUCUCUGCAGGCUGAGGUCUAUCGUGUGCAUAAAGAGGACAGCCCUCAGCCCUGGGAAAUGCGGCCCCAGCAGGACUCCAGACACAAGGCCAGCUUCGCCAUCAUCCAGUCCAUGAGCUCCCACGACUCAGGGCAGUACUGGUGUGUGUAUCAGACCCCGCUCGGCCUCUCCCAGUCUAGUGUCCCCCUGAUCCUGGUGGUAACAGGGAUGUUCCCGGCGCCCUCCCUGUCAGCCCAGCCAAGCCCCGUGGUGGCGUCAGGAGGGAACGUGUCCCUCUCCUGUGGCUCUGAUGAGGCAGGCACUGCCCAUCUGCUGAAGGAGGGCGAAGCCAGCCCCCUGCACAGCCAGGAAGCCAGGAUUUCCCAGGGAGUUGGGGAGUGGCAGGCCACCUUCCUCCUGGGCCCCAUGAGCAGCACCCACGGGGGCAUCUACAGGUGCUACCGCGCUCACACUACCGAGCACUAUGUGUGGUCCCUGCCCAGCGACCCCCUGGAGCUCCAGGUCACAGGAGUGUACAGGAAACCCUCCCUGCAGGCCCAGCCGGGGCCCUCGGUGCCCUGGGGAGCGAUGGUGGCCCUGCGCUGUGGCUCCCAGGAGGCGAUGGACACCUUUCUCCUGCACAGGGAGGGCUCAGGCGCCCCUCCCCAGCGCCUGCGUGUCCCAGGCCAGGCCAUGGCUGCUCAGGCCACCUUCAUGCUGGGCCCUGUGACCUCGGCCCACGGGGGAACCUACAGGUGCUACUGCGCCCACAGCACCGACCCCUACCUGUGGUCACAGCCCAGCGACUCCCUGCAGCUCGAGGUGUCAGCCCCAGCGCCCCAGGACCACACCGUGGAGAACCUCAUCCGCCUGGGCGUGGCGGGCUUGGUCCUGCUGGGCCUCGGGCUGCUGCUGGCGGAGGCUUGGUACAGCCAGAGACGGACCCGGGCUGCAGGCCGGCAGUGACCUGGAGAGAGGACAGCGCUGGCUGUGGACUUCGGCCCUGUGGCUGUGCCCUGGCCGCCUGGCUCUCCGGUGGGACAGCGCCACCUGCAGGCCGCAUGUGGAUCCGCACCCGCCUCCCGCUUUGCUCCGCCCUCACGGAGCCUCUUGCUGGUUUCUGGAGAAUACAGUUCCCAGUGCGCAGCCCUGAGAACCCGCGUUUCCAGCCAAGCACA